AAACCUUCUCGCCGUCUGCGCCAAUGGAGAAAACGACAGAUUUUUAUAACUGCAAUUCCAGUGUCUGAUUCAUUGAUCAAAUUGAAAACACAAUUUGCUCAUGAAUUACGUUACACGUUUAGCCCUUAUUUAAUAAUUCCCAAAUAAAUUAUUAUUAACCUCACCUCUCGCGUUGACCUUCCCCUCCAGAUAUUUUCACCUUCCUGUCUAUCACUGUAUAUACCUCAUUUUUUUCAGUAAUUUAUGCAUUGUUUGUAUGUAUGUGUAUCGAUAUAAACUUGUAAGGUAAUAUAUCGAUUCUCUAAUUUAACAGAAGUCUUUUGUCUCGAUUUAUUCUUGCUGGGUUUUAUUGAUACCUUAAUUUAGAUAGAUUUUGGAGGGUGGAUUUUUAAUUUGAAUGCAAAAAAGUUAUGGAGACAUCAAAUGGUGCGAAUUCUGAUAAUCCCCAUGUAGGUUCACUACCUUCAUCACCAAGUAAUGGAGGAAAUUCCAGGAUACAGUUCCCUUUCCUCCGGUUCAUCCGGUCCCCUAUCUCAACCCUACUUGAGCACACCGGUGUCCUUCGGGUCCGACCCGAUCGUCCCUACUCCGAAGCCCACCCCUUCAUUCCCGAAAACACCAAUACUAAUUCCCAAAUUCCCAACAAUUUAAACUCAAUUAACAGCAAUGAUAUUACUAAUAGUAGUAAUAAUCAUGGGGAGGUAUCGAUUCGGAUUAUUGGGGCGGGGGAGCAGGAUGGGGAUAGGGUUGAUGGAAAUGACGGUGAGAAUGAACAACCGGGUUCAGGAUUGGGAUUGGGCACGGAGGAGUCUGCAGUGGUGACCAACGAUCUUAAUGGGAAUGGGACUACAGGUAGCGGUAAUGAGAACAAUGGGGAAACUUCUUCGUAUCGGAGAUAUGAUAUACAGCAGGUGGCAAGGUGGAUUGAGCAGAUUCUUCCCUUCUCUUUGCUUCUAUUGGUGGUUUUCAUCCGACAGCACUUGCAAGGAUUCUUUGCUACCAUUUGGAUUACUGCCAUCAUGUUCAAGUCUAAUGACAUUGUUCGAAAGCAGACAGCUCUAAAGGGAGAGAGGAAGAUUUCUGUCCUUGUUGGUUAUUCUGUGGUCUUCAUGCUUCAUGUAUUUGGAAUCUACUGGUGGUAUGGGAAAGAUGAUCUUUUCUAUUCUCUAUUCAUGAUUCCUCCGAAGGCAGUCCCACCUUUCUGGCAUGCAGUAUUCAUCAUCCUGGUAAAUGGUAUGGAUAUCUUUUUACCUGCUUGGUACUUUAUUCAUGCAAUAAUUGUUAUGGCUCAUACAUUUAUCCAUUUGGCAUUGUUGGUAGUCACAAAUGAAAUUUUCCCUGCUUCUCCCCAUUCGGAAUUUAGUGCUUUGUUGAACACUCUUAGUUUAAUCGGCUUAACAAGAGGUCUGUGUAAUCUUCUUUUGAUCACUUAUGCGACCUUCAAAGCUGUGCCCAGGAGAGCAACUCCUGUCUGGUAUAGAUUUUUCUUGAACAAAGACUAUGGAAGCCUCUUUUCAUCGUUGACAACUGGGUUGUAUUUAACUUUCAAGCUUACAUCUAUUGUAGAGAAGGUCCAAUCGUUCUUUGCUGCCUUGAAAGCAUUAUCGAGAAAGGAAAUCCAUUAUGGGUCUUAUGCCACAUCAGAACAGGUGACUGCAGCAGGAGAUCUUUGCGCCAUAUGCCAGGAGAAGAUGCAUGUUCCAAUUUUAUUGCGCUGCAAACAUAUCUUCUGUGAAGACUGUGUUUCAGAAUGGUUUGACAGAGAAAGAACUUGCCCUUUAUGUAGGGCCCUGGUUAGACCUGCUGAUCUUAGAUCAUAUGGAGAUGGAUCAACGAGUCUUUUCUUCCAGUUGUUUUAGAACUUCCAUUUUGUCUCCCAGAAACUUGGACUCAAAAUGGCAUUCUCCCAAACUUGAUUAAGAAAAAGCAAUCACUGUCACCAAGGUGUUUUACACUAAUUGUUGCUCCAUUCUUGGAUUUCUGUGGCUGAUUCUGCAAGGAAACUAUACCAAUACCGACUGUUUUUUGGCUAUAUUUUUGUAGAAUAAGUCUACUUGUACUCUUUUGGUGUAUAUGAUGGGUUACACCCUCUCACAUGGAGGGGGCCUACAAAUCAUUUAUACGUUGGCCCCUUUCAUGUAAAGGAGGUGUAACCCAUUAUAUACACAAAAAGUGUACAUGUAGUAUUGUCCAUUUUUGUAUGAUGUAUUUGAAAAGGUUCAAUGCUUGCUCGAUAGAUUUUGAUGAGAUGAUCAUUUCGCCACAUGUAAAUAUUUUAUUUUAAGAUUAAUGAUCAUUUAUUUUCUUGUGUUGCA